AUGCCUGAAUAUACUGUAACAUCUGAAAUCUAUACAGAGUAUGACUACAAGACACAAAGAACACCUAGCAAAGAAGGAAAUGUCAUAUCUGAAUUUCCAUUUUUACUACCUAAAGGAACAAAUAUAGUUAAAUUUGAUGAAGAUCACGAUUUAAAUAUUGUGAGACCCCAAAAAGAAAUUAUUAAAAUAGAACAUAGUUCCAAGACCAAAAUAUCACUAGUUGGUCUACAGGUAUGGAGGGGAGCAUUUUUAUUAGGUGAUUUACUCAUACAUAUUGGGCGCACUGGCCAACUGACUGGUAAAACUGUUUUGGAACUUGGUGCUGGCACUGGAUUAACAAGUUUUGUAGCUGCUAUGUAUGCCAAAAAAGUUGUGUGCACAGAUAUAGAUUUAGGGGGUAUAUUAGACUUGAUCAAAUUAAAUACCAAGUACAAUUCAAAAUUAAUUAAAUCCCAAUUUAAAGUAAUGCCACUAGAUUUUACCAACUUAGACUGGAGUGAGUCAUUGUUGAGAGAAAUAAAACAAACCGAUAUUAUCAUAGCUGCCGAUGUAAUAUAUGACGAUGAUGUGACAGCAGCAUUUAUUGCGACGAUAGAAAAGAUUCUAAAUACGAAUCCACCUAAAACUUUAUAUAUAGUGUUAGAAAAACGUUAUGUGUUCACAAUAGAACACAUGGACUCGGUGGCGCCAUGCUACGAAACAUUCCUCACUUUACUUAACAAAGUAAAAAUACAUUCGAACUGGACUGUGGAACAACUACCUCUCGAUUUCCCCAAAUAUUUUACGUAUGAUCGUGUUAAGGAACUCGUGUUUUGGAAAAUAACUUCGAAACAGAGU